AUGCGGCUCCUCGUCGUUUCACUCUCUUUUGUGGCUGCAGCUACCCUGUGUACUGCUGGGGACUUCGCUGCCUCUUGUUACAACUAUUACCUGGAAAACACUGAAUUCUUCGCGACCUGUCGAACGGAAAGUGGCAGUGACCAGUCCACAAGCAUCGACGUGAAUCAAUGCGUCACGAAUGACCAUGGAGCGUUGCAGUGCGUUUCCGCGAACGGAAACUAUGCAGAUACCUGUGAAAACUGCUACCUCUCCGGAACUAAUCUGGACUGCGUAUGCGGAAAUGGCAACGGCGGCACCGACUCGGCAUCGGUCAACCUCAAUAACUGUAUUGGGAAUAGUAACGGGGUUCUGGUCUGUUAG